AUGGCAAACUCAAGGAGCCAAUAUGAUACGAAGCCCGAUCGGGAUGACCUGGGGAGGCCGAGUAGCUCUGAGGAUUCAAUCCCCAGCGAGGCGAUGCCCUUUCUGCAGCCACACGACACUGCUGCAACACGCGAGGUGCCGAGCUCGGUAGACAACAGGACCGAUAAGCCCUCUCUAUUCCUAGCCGGCUUGUCAACAACGCGGUUCUGGGUCAUAUUCUCACAAAUACUCGCGACACAAUUCAUCUGCUUCUUUGAUACGACCAUUAUGGCAUCUUCCCACCCUGUGAUAACAUCCUACUUUGGUACAGCCCACUCUGCAUCUUGGCUUUCGACAGCUUUCAUGGUAAUGUCUACUGUCUCACAGCCUUUUCUUGGCCGUCUGUCAGACGGAUUCGGUAGGAAGCCGCUUUUUCUCAGCACCCUGGCGGUUUUCUCAAUAGCCACGCUGUGGUGUUCGCUAGCUACGAGCAUAGAAAGUCUCAUUGCUGCAAGAGCAGUAUGCGGAGUAGGUGCUGGGGGAACUUUGCUAAUGGGGAGCAUCAUUAUGAGUGACAUGAUACCCAUCGAACGACGAGGCACCUACCUAUCAUACAUCAACGUCGUAGUCGGCAUCGGCUCCGGGCUCGGGGCUACAUUCGGUGGUGCCAUUGCCGAGACCAUAGGCUGGAGGUGGGAGUUUGGCGUGCAGGUUCCUCCGCUCCUAGUAUGCUUAGGGAUUACUUCAGUAGUUAUCCCAGAUAGGUUGGGCAUACUUGGUGACAGGGAGUCUGUCAGCCAGGUCAUUAAAGGGUUUGAUGCACUUGGCGCGUUCUUGCUUACCUUGGCCGUGUCAACGCUCACUCUUGGUUUGAACAUUGGCGGCAAUAUCAUUCCUUGGUCUCACCCAUUUGUGAUCACUUCUUUGGUAGUAUUUACCACCACUUUCCCAGCCUUCCUCUUGACCGAGUCCCGGGUGGCAAAGCCCAUUAUGCCACUGAAAUUUAUAUUUUGCAGGCCGCGUGCUAAUUUGAUUGUGUCCAACUUCUUUGGUGCUAUAAUAUCGAAUGCAAUCCUGUUCAACAUGUAA